AUGCCCGAUAGCACAACAAGUGAUACAAAAUUAGAAAACGAAAUCCGAGUGAGCUACAAAAGUGAUGCUUUAGAUUACGUAUAUAAAGCAAUUGUUCUGUUUGAGACAAAUGAUAAAGUUAUUCUGUCAGGAGUAGGAAAGGCCAUCAGUUCGGUGGUCAAUGUUGCUGAGAUGGUGAAGAGGAGAGUAAAAGGUAUACACCAGUGCACGAAGCUGUACGAGAAGGAACAUACGAUCAAGAGAGAAGAUCCACAAUUCUCCAAAAAAGAUAACAAGGAGGAUGGUAAAAAAUCUGGAGAAGAUGAACAAGAAGAGAAUGCAGAAAACGACAUGAAUAAAGAUACUGCAAAUAGAAUAAUUGAAUUUAGUACUACAGUUCCAUGCAUGAAAAUUAUUUUAACAAAAGAUGAAAAAGAUGUUGAUAAAAAUGAAGUUGGUUACCAAAAACCUUUAGAUGAUAAGGAUGUAAAUGUUAUGACUCCAGAUCAAAUACUAAAGGAAAAAUCCUAUAGAAGGCGAUAUAGACGAGGUAGAGGUGGAGAGAAUAGAUUCAGAUCAUCUUACCGAAAGAAUUACUACGAAACAUCAAUGUGGAAUAACAGGCGAUACGAAAAAAGGAAUUAA